UGUAUUUUUUCUUCAUACAUUGUCAGUCGCAGCUUAUUUCAGCAAAAAUCUUUUAUCGACUGCUAAUUAGUACCCAGAGAUGGUGCCUGUAACUAGUUAAAAGGAAAAUCAAACAGUGAAUUAAUUUUCUUCGGUUUAGAAUAUUGUGUCUCUCUCCCAUUGAAGUUAGGUGUCGAAAAAACACGCCGUAAAUAUAGUGGUCUAAUUGGACGUCAUAAAACAAUGCGAAGGAAUCCAACAAACAUACUCAUAUUGUAAAAACUAUCGAGCAUAACCGCCAGAUUCUGUAGCGAAGAAACGCAAAAUCUUAAGGAUUUGAAAGGACGAACAUGACCGAAUACAAACUGGUAGUCGUCGGAGCCGGAGGCGUCGGAAAGUCAGCUCUUACAAUACAGCUCAUCCAGAAUCAUUUCGUCGAUGAGUACGAUCCGACCAUAGAGGACUCCUAUCGGAAGCAGGUUGUCAUCGACGGAGAAACGUGUCUACUAGACAUUUUAGAUACGGCAGGUCAAGAGGAAUACUCAGCCAUGCGAGAUCAAUACAUGCGAACCGGAGAAGGUUUCCUGCUCGUCUUUGCAGUAAACAGUGCCAAAAGUUUCGAAGAUAUUGGAACCUACCGAGAGCAAAUCAAACGCGUCAAAGACGCCGAAGAAGUCCCGAUGGUUCUCGUAGGAAACAAGUGCGAUCUGCAAGCUUGGGCGGUAGAUAUGAAUCAAGCUAGAGAUGUUGCGAAACAAUAUGGUGUCCCAUUUGUAGAAACAUCCGCCAAAACUAGAAUGGGAGUCGAUGAUGCCUUCUACACACUCGUCCGUGAAAUUCGCAAAGAUAAACAAAGGGGUAAGCCUCCGAAAAGAGGUAGUGGAACGAGACGUCGAUUUAAGUGUCGAUUGCUUUAAGAGUUUUAUUAUUCCUGUGAAAGAAACCUGCUCUUUACUUCCACAACUAACGUUACUGACUAUGCCAACGGUGAAGAAGUUUGGCUUCGAUCGCACAAUUACGUGUUGUCAAUAUCUUCUGGGAGCUGUUUGAAACACAGUGUUACGUAAGUCCGAUGAAAAUAUUAAUUUUUUGUCAUGUGCAUUGUUUUACAUUAUUUUAUUUUUUUGAAUAAGCCAUAAUAACAGAAAUUCGCGAAAUAGUUAUGAAAUAAUCCACAGCAAGCUUAGCAAGCAAGAUAGAUAUAAUAAUACAAUGAGAUAAUCGUUAGCUUUACCCGAGAUAAAGUCUUUAUUAUAAAUUUGCAAUGUAUUUUAUUUUUACUUAUUUACCAUCGACUUUGAUUAAAAGAAUUACGAUCAAAGAUAAAUGUUUAUCUAAUAUACAUAAUAGCUUUGCAAUAAUUACGUUUGUACGCCAAAUCUUCAGUAAAUGUGGAUAUCCGUUUCGCGUACUAAUAUGUUCAAAAUAGAUAGCGAAAGAUUUGAAAAAGACUUGUUUUUUUUUAUUCAAAAUUUAAACCAAGCACAAAA